AUGACCUCGAACCGGAUGUUCGCCACACUGAAAGGCGAAGCCGAGGAAGAGCAGAAGAAAUCGAAUCUGGUUGUUAUCGAAUACCCGGCGAUCGUCAAGAACUUGGACAAAGCCUUGGAACGGCUCGGAGGCCUCGCCCAGAUCUCCUCGAAUCAUUUCGCGAAUCGAGCCCUCGAACUCCGUCACACCCCUUCGAAUCCGUACACGAGUUGUCUUGUUGCCGAACGGAAGAAUGAAGAAAAUGUGAGGGGCUUUGACAAUUUGGGAAGUUGGGACUAAUUUGUAGCUGAAAUCAUCUAAUAAGACAAUGUAUAGCCCAUUCCGCGCCAAAUUUUCGUCAUUUUUAUUCACUUCUAAGCUACAGGACCCUUCCGGGAAGCUUUCUAUAGAAUUCGCAAGCUGUUUAUGUGCAUGCGCCUUUAAUAAGGCUUAAAAUCAGAGUUAUAUUGAAGGCGCAUAGGCAGAGGAAGGUCGCGCACUUUGAAUUGAAGGUACAAGGGAAUCAAUUGAAUUUAUUUAGCCUGAAUUAUUUUAUAUAUUAAAGGCGCAAAGGCAGAGGAAGGAAGCGCGCAUCGAAGGGAAGCUACGCGGAAAUUAAUCAUAUUUAUUUAGCCUAAAUUAUUUUUUAUAUUAAAGGCGCAAAGGCAGAGGAAGGACGCGCGCAUCGAAGGGAAGCUACGCGGAAAUUAAUCAUAUUUAUUUAGCCUAAAUUAUUUUAUAUAUUAAAGGCGCAAAGGCAGAGGAAGGACGCGCGCAUCGAAGGGAAGCUUCCAGGGCUUAUAGUCCGUUCAGAUUUUGAAUGUCAAGUAGAAUGACGUCAUUCGAAAACGCUCUGUGGAUGGCUCGCUCUCUGAUUGGUUUAUCGCGCUAUUAGGGGGCGGAGCUUCAGCGACCACUUGACAUUCAAAAUCUGAACAGACUAUAUUCAUUCUUUUUCAGCUCUGAAUUUUCGUUAUAUUAAAGGGGCAUAGGCAGAGGAAGGUCGCACGCAUUGCAGGGAAGCUUCCCGGAAUUUAUUUAUGUUUAUUUAACCGGAAUUUCUUGUCAAAUUAAAGGCGCAUAGGCAGAGGAAGGUCCUGCGCAACGAAGGGAAGCUUCCCGGAAUGCAUUUAUAUUUAUUUAACCUGAAUUUUUCGCCGAAUUAAAGGCGCAUACACUGGAAAGCUCUCGUGCAUAGAAGGAAUUUUACGAUUUUUUUUUCCAGGUAACAUCCGGUACCCUGAGAUUAGUGAUGAAAAUCCGUCGGCACAAGAAAAAACCCGAUGAACCGAUGAAAAUCGAGUUUUUGGGCCUCGUCCAACAUGUGUACUCCUUCGAAUCGAUGUGCGACUUCCAAUAUCUUCCCUUGAAAAAGAAGCCGGACGUUCCCGAAGAAGCGUUCGAUGACCUGAUACCUCAGCUCAUUCCGACCGACUUGGGAUCCGCCCUUUCUUGGUAUUUAUUCUUUUUUUUUAUUUUUUGGAUUUUUGAAACGUAAUAUAGGCCAUUCCGCGCAAGUUUUACACGAUUUUUGCUAUCCUCCGAGCUACAGAACACUUCCUUUCGAACCAUGCAUGCGCCUUUAAACUAGCCCAAGUUUCGCGUUAUAUUAAAGGCUCAUGCAAAUAUGAAGGUCGCGCGCGUCGAAAUUUGACAAAAAGAAUAAUUUUUGAAAAAAGUUAAAAAUUUCACAUUUGCGCUCUGCGGAUAAUAUCGAUCGAGUGAUUUUUUGAAAUCUUUACAACAUUCUGCUCGUAUUCUUUUGUCGUGUUUAAAAUUAUUUUGGCGAUUCCAAUCGGAAUUUUAGGAGCCUCUAGAAAAAUGGGUCCCACAACGAUUUAUAUCAGUUAAUGGAUUUCACGGUGACUUUUAUGCGCGUCUUUUUUCAACUUGUUUUUCAGUCUUGAAAAUUUCUUUCAAAAUUAGCAAAAAGGUUAUUUUAAUAGACGUCACACCUAGAAGGUUCUAAAAAAAGUUUCGCUCAUUUUUUUUACGAAUAUUUUUGAGGUGGGCUCGAGCCGAUGUUCCCCCAACUCCACUGUUUCUGCCUCCGUAUCAAUUCAGUCGAUAUAGCACCCCGUCUCAAAAGAUCCUCGCCAAGGAGACGGACUUCGGCGUCGACAAGUGCAAAAAAGCGAAACUCACCGGAUUCGGCCAGAGUUUCAUACUCAAGAUUUCAAGGAAAAAAUAUUUUUUCCCAGAUCUGAGAACCGAGAGGAAGGCUCUGUCAAUAACGGUCCUCGCCACGGACGAAUUCCCGAUUUCUCCCUUACCUGAGGCCGUCGCGGACACGAAUUCCAGGUAGGAAGAGUGGAAAAAUGGGAAUUUUUUGGAGGAAUUUAAGUUUACAUUUUUUAGUUCGAAACAAGGAGAAAAAAACUGGUAGGUUUCAUGUUUUUUUCACUAAACUAAUGAAGCAUUUCCAUGGGAAAAAAACUGAAUAAACAAGCGUUUUUUUGAAUAAAAAAAUUUAAAAAAACCCCUAUAGGGAACACUUUAUUCUUACCCCUAUAGGGAUAACUUUUUCGGCCCCUAUUGGGGUUGUUAUCCCCCUAAUCCUUAUAGGGACCCCUCUGGAAUUCCUAAGCAAAAAAGCUUCUUCUCAUAGCGUUCAUAACAAUAAAAGUUGUGUAGAUUACCCUAGAGUUGUCACUUUUGCAAGCUUUCGGGUCCCCUAUAGGGUUUGGUAAAGUGAUUUCUAGGAAAUGUUGCCCCUAUAGGGGCCACUCUGGAGUUCCUAAGUGGAUCUCGAAUCUUGGUCAUUUUUUUUCAUAGUCUAUUCAUAUUUCAAGUAUCGAGUAUAAUGACGUCAUUCGGAAACGCUCUCUGAUUGGUUUAUCGCGCCUUUAGGGAGCUUGAGCAACGAUUUGAUAUUAUAGAUUUGAAAAAUUGUAACAAAAUAGAAAUAAGAAAAAAUUGAGAUUCUGAAAAAGUUCGAAGUGAUUUCUUUCCCAACUGUCCAUGUUGAUUUUUUCAUUUCCUAGACUUUCUCUUUUCUUUUCGAAAUAAUGUUUUAAGAUGCAAAAACGAAGAGCCACACCGAUUACUGGAGGAACUCUUCAACGAACGGCCCAUGUGGACCCGAAUCGCGAUACUUUUCCGGACCGGCCUCGAAGAUUCCCUCCUCCGAUCGUUGCUUCAGAAGUUCGCCUUCUAUAUCCAAUCGGGCCCCUGGGGAAGGCUUUGGUGCCGAUUUGGCUACGAUCCAAGGGUCACCUCCGAUUCGGCUUGCUAUCAGACUUUGAUGGUCUCUUUCAGGUUUGGGAUUUUUUUCGAAGAAGAAAAAUAAACCUUCCUUGCAAAAAUGAUUUCAUUGCGUGAUAAACGUAUUUUUUGCACGCUUUUACUCACAAUCUGUGCUUUUCAAUAGCGAAAAUUAAAAGGUCUUUCCUUUCGUUUUGAUAAAAAGUACUUCGUUUUUUUGAAUUCCAUUCAUUUUGUUUCAUUUCGAUUAUUAAUUUACGACAGUUGCUACGAUAUUGACGCAUAAAGACCUUUUUUCGAAGCGAUCCUAUGCGCCUUCAAGUUUGAGCAGAGUUCAUGAUUAACUUCUUUAACAAUAAUUACGGUAAACGAGAAAGUAAAUUACAUAUUAGCUCAAAUAUAAAAGAAAUAAAUAACGUUUGAACUUGAACACGCGUGAUUUUAUUAAGAAUUUAGCCAUUUAUUAUAAAAACCCAAAAGUAUAGGCCGGUUUAGCUUCUUUUUAGCUGAUAAGAAGGGUCACUUUACAUUCCGAUUGGAAAUUUCCUUGACCAGAACACUCCCUGAUGUCCUAGAAGAAAAAUCUAAAAGCCUUAACCUGCAAAACUUUUUGGGUUUUGAGAGAGGAGACGUCAAAGUCAAAGAUCAUCUGUUAAAAAAGGCUUUUUCUGGGCUCUGAGCCUUUAUUUCUCAAGAAAUAUUCAGAUUUGUGCAGGUUGGAGGCCUGGCCGAUUUCUAGAAAAUUUCCAACCGCAAUGUAAAAUGAAAUGAUUUUCUUCUGGAGAAAAGGUGUUUUGCGCUUUCAAGCACCCCGUAAAGAUAGUUAAAACUGAAAAAUGCACGCUGAAUCAAGUUUUUAUCGAAAUUAGUUCAGACAGCACAUGAAGAUCCCGGAACGACAGCGACUGAAGGUCUCCAGCGAACGAACGCCGGCGGCUAGUGUCGCGGCCAGCGGCGCGACCAUCGCCUACGCGACGCCUGCGUCGGCCGCCAGCGCCAACGAACCCAUAGCUUACACCUAUGAGCCGGGUAAAUUUUUGAAAAGAAAAAAUGGCGGCUUCAGAGGACGAAGUCAAAACUUGAGUGCUUCUUGGAUGUGGGCCAUGAUUCAGCAGAGCAUUUUCUCAGAAACACAAUGAAUUUUAAAAUUUAUGAAUUCCGGAAAGGAUAUAUGUACAUUGCUGAUCUUUCUUUUAUUCAACCUAGAAAUUUCGGUCUCAUUAAUUGCGCAUACACAGAAAGAAGCGUUUCGAAGCGUAACUUUUCGUUUAUUUCAUUUUUCUCCGAGCUACAGAACCUUUCCGCGUAGCUUUCUUUCGAUGCGCGCGGCCUACCUUCAUGUUCAUGUCUUUUAUUUAGCUCUUUGGUCUUAUUAAAGGCGCAUACACAGAGGAAUGCCGCGCGUUUCGACGGGUAGCUCUUCAAGUCUUUUUUCGAAUUACAGAACCUUUCCGCGUAGCUUCUUUACGAUACACGCGGCCUAUCUUCGUGUCCAUGCCUGGAAUUUUGGUCUUAUUAAAGGCGCAUACACAGCAAUGGUCACUGCUGUGAAGUGCUAUUUCCUAAAAAAAAAAAAGGCAAAAAUUUGUUAAUUAGCGCCUUUUUAGACAAAAAUUCUUCUAAUGGCAAACCUACAUAUGCUAUUUUCCAAACGUUCUGUAAAUAUGUCACUCCGCGAACAUAAUAGGCACGAUGUCAUGAACCUCCGAACGCGUCGUUGUAAAAAUUAUCGACCGCUAAAAAUUUUGAGAGAAUAAAAUAAAGAUUCAAAACAAAGUCAAGGAAAAUUUCAGGACGCCUACCACGAGUUCGACAGAUGUGGUACAGUAUCAUGGACGUCAAACUUCCAGAAGCCGAAAAAGUCCUGACGAUGGUAGAGAUUCAGAAAAGAAAAUCAAAAGGAAACGCUCGUUUUUAGGAGUUCGACACAAGUAAUGUAGCCACCGAAGGUUGGAUUAAAUCGGUGGGUUUUUAAAGAACUGGAAAUUAUAAUUUUGAAUAUAUUAAUUGAAAAAGACGACCGAAUUCCUAAUGGCACGGAACCGAAGAAAAUUGCUCCAAAGCAAAAGUUAGUUCUGUCUUGAAGCAACUUUGGUGCGUUGAUGAACACGAUUUCGCGUUUUGAAUUAUGUUCCGGCUCUCCGAUAAAGUCCCCAUGAAAAUAUGAAUUUUAUUAAUAAAAGUCGUAAUUUGUGAUGCUGUGGCCGCAAUGACAUUAUACACCGUCACGCGCAAAUGCAUACUUUCAAUAAAUUUCAUCAUAAUUUCUUUUAUGACACGAAAAAAAAAAUCAAAGAAACUUGCGACGAAGAAAGCAAUAGCGUACUUUCCGAAACAGAAGUUUCUGACUUUUUUUCUUUAGGUUAAGUUUUUUCAUUGUUUUAAAAAUUGCUCAUCCUUUUUCAGUGAAGUAUUUUCCUGUCUUUAAUUCUCACAAAAAGAUUCUUUCAAUAAAUUGAUAGUUUCUAACCUCCUUUUUGUUUAUCACUCUAAAUAUAUAGUGAAAAAAAUUAUACGGAUGAAUUUUGAUUUUUGACUUCAAUACGGAUAAGUUCCCGAGAGAGAAAACAGCGUUAGAAACUUCAAAAACAGUAAAAAAAAAAAACUAAACCGAAGACAAAAAAAAUUCGGAAAGCUGGCUCUCAACUUUUUCGCUAGCAGUCCGCAGACACGCGGACUCGCGGCUUUCGAAAUCGUCGCAAAUUUCUUUGAUUUUUUUUUCCUUUUUGAGAUUUUUUCUAAACGAUUUUUUUCCCAUGUUCUAAAUGACAUCUAUUUCUAGGAAUCAAUAGACAUGAUCAGGAACGCUAUCAAGGAAGACGUCAAACUGACGACCAAAGGAAUGGACGUAGUCGAAGACGACGGCGAAAUCUUUGAUGAUUUUUAA